UGUGGGAAAAUCCCUUGAGUCAACUGUAUCUGUCUCUUAUUUAUGAGGUUUCCUCCAGGAAGCCCUCCCAGACCACCAUCCAAGUCCUGCUAGCUGCUUGGCCUUGAACUCUGGGCAGGACCCACCCCUUCUUGGCAGCUCAUCUUGGACCAAUCACUACUCUGUUGAAUGGGAGCCUGAGAUCCGCGUGGGAUAAAGUAAGUGUGUGUCAUAGCCCCUUCCACAGACUUUUCUUUCCAGCUCUAGGGGGGUGCGCAAGGCAGCCCAGGGGUGAGGAAUGGGGCCUGGGUGGCCGGCCGCAGCCCCCACUGGAAUCUUCCCUGCCCUUUCCCUCCCUUCCAGAUUAACCGAAACCUGCUAAUUGUGGCUGCCCUCAGCACGCUCCCCUCCCCCAUCGCGUAUUUCUGCCUCCCCUCCCCUCCCCCUUCCAUCCGAAUGAUAAAGGGCUUGGCCCGCCAGCCCCCGCCUGGCCUCAGGUCCCAGCUCUGCCUCCCCACACUACCAUACUACCCCGUGCCCAGCGCCCACUGCCCGGCUGGGUCCCUGCCCACGUUUCCUGCUUCCCCUGCAUGGGGCCCUGCAGCAACCCCGGCCUGGGGCUCCCUGAGGGGGAUUCGCCCUCCCAGCCCCCCAAGAGGAGGAAGAAGAGAUACCUGCGGCAUGACAAGCCCCCCUACACCUACUUGGCCAUGAUCGCCCUUGUGAUCCAGGCUGCACCUUCCCGCAGGCUGAAGCUGGCCCAGAUCAUCCGUCAGGUCCAGGCCGCGUUCCCCUUCUUCAGGGACGAUUACGAAGGCUGGAAAGACUCCAUCCGCCACAACCUCUCCUCCAACCGGUGCUUCCGCAAGGUGCCCAAGGAUCCCGCGAAGCCUCAGGCCAAGGGCAACUUCUGGGCGGUCGACGUGAGCCUGAUCCCGGCCGAGGCGCUGCGGUUGCAGAACACGGCCCUGUGCCGGCGCUGGCAGAGCAGGGGCGCGAGGGGAGCCUUCGCCAAGGAUCUCGGCCCCUACGUGCUGCACGGCCGGCCCUACCAGCCGCCCAGUCCCCAGUUGCCGCCCUGCGAGGGCUUCAGCAUCAAGUCUCUGCUAGGGGACUCCGGGGAGGGGACACCACGGAGCAGCCCCAGACGGUCAGGCUCAGAGCGCUCAGGGGAGGGAGAGGUGCCUGCUGCACUCCUGCCCUCUGAGAAGCCUCUGUGGCCCGUCUGCCCCCUCCCAAGGCCCAUCAGGGCAGAGGGGAAGACUUCCCAGGGGGAAAACAGAAAGCCCACCGUCCUGUCCCCUGAGCCCAGGGCCUGGCCUCUCCACUUAGUGCAGGGCACCCCAGACCCCGGGGUUCUCUCUGGUGGAGGUCACAGGGCCUCGCUGUGGGGACAGCUGCCCACCUCCUACUUGCCCAUUUACACUCCCAACGUGGUGAUGCCUUUGGCCCCACUGCCACCCACCUCCUGCCCCCGGUGCCCUCCUUCCACCAGCACAGGCUAUUGGGGGGUAGCUCCGGAAACCCAUGGCCCCACAAGGCUGCUCUGGGAUUUAGAUGCUCUCUUCCAGGGGGUGCCACCCAACAAAAGCAUCUAUGACGUGUGGGUUAGCCACCCCCGAGACCUGGCUACACCCAGCCCAGGCUGGCUGCUCUCCUGGUACGGCCUGUGAUGCUCCCAGGGCAGGGGCUGCUUUCCUCUGCCA